CUACAACAAUCAUGAAAAUAUUCUUAGUUUUAUUCUAUUUAUUUAAAAAAUUAUAGUAAUACAUAAAUGACAUAAUUUACGACAAAAAAAAAAUGACAUAAUUUAAAGGCCACAAUAUCAGUUGGUAAUUUGUGGUAGAAUCUUCUUGACUCACCAGUCACCCCUAUUAUCUGACGCUGUAACCCGCAAGUGUGCUCGUGAUCCUCCAAUGGAGAAAAUCAUUCAAGUAAAAGAAAAAUGAAACUAUCAUCUUCUUCAUCAUUUUCAAAUCCUCUUUACCGCAUAUCUCCUACUCCUAAUCGGUUUAACGAUCUUUUGUUAGCUAAAACCAUCAUCUUCUCCAUUAUCUGACCACUUUCACUUUGCCUCGUCAGUCCUCACCAACUUCAAAAUUUGAUACUCGACAAACAAAUCAAAACAACGCCAAUUCUCCUUCGUCAAAGCACGUCGGGUUACGAAACGUCUCCAAUAAUCAAACGUAUCCAAUGUGUUUGUCCUUAUGCCAAGCUUAUUCGUGUAAUUUUGAACAUAUAUGUGAGAACUUUCAAAGUGAUGUGG